CAGAAAUUAUCAUUGCCUAUGUCUUUUUUGAACCAAUAGGUUUUGAAACCAUGGACCAAAAGAUCCCAUAUGAUGACUACCAACUCCCUGUGGUCUUUUUACCUUCUUAUGAGAGUCCCCCAGCAUGGAUAGCCCCUCAGGAGCGGAUCCACCAUCCUGACUACAACAAUGAGCUGACACAGUUCCUGCCACGCGCCAUUGUGUUGAAGAAACCUCCAGGUGCACAGCUAGGCUUCAACAUCCGUGGGGGAAAGGCCUCCCAGCUGGGCAUCUUCAUCUCCAAGGUGGUCCCAGAUUCGGACGCCCACAGGGCAGGGCUCCAGGAGGGAGAUCAGGUGCUGUCUGUCAAUGAGGUGGACUUCCAGGACAUAGAGCACUCAAGGGCUGUAGAGAUUCUGAAGACUGCCAGGGAGAUUCUGAUGAGGUUGCGCUUCUUUCCCUACAACUACCAGAGACAGAAGGAGAGGACUGUGCACUAGGUGACAGAAAGGUUCCACGGGAGAGUGAGAAACAGUAUGGUUACAUGCACACAAUAAUAUGAUUAUUGUGGAUAGUACGUUUAAUAUAAUAGUUCAUUUAAAACGUUUACAUGCUUUGCAAGAAUAACAAUGUCCCAAAUAAUCCUGUUUACAUGAACACAUCUGAAAUCAGGCUACCUGAUGGGACUUUUGAGAAAUAAAGAAAAUCGGCAAUCAAAAUAAAACCUACCACAGUGACCAUGUUAUUUUUGCGAAGACCAUUUGAUUUGGAGUUCGGAUAUGUAACGUUUGUGUAUGUCAAAGCUAUUUCAAAAAUGAAUACUUUCAGUUUUUCCGAACUCACUUCACUCGCGCAUAAGAGCGGGACUUGCGCUUCCGGUGCUGGCACAUGCACAGAUCAAAUACACUGUUUCCAUGUCAUAAUAAGUAGAAAGCUUACUCAGAAAACCAGGUGUUUUAUUAUUAUUAUAAUACUUUGUUUAUAUAUACAGGACCAGUCAAAAGUUUGGAAGCACCUACUCAU